AAAAAACACUCGCGCGGCGGUUGUGGGUAAUAUUCAUGGCGGAAUUCUGAAGCUGCUAAGAAGAGACACACCUUCUCCGUUUUCUCUCCGUCGGUUCAAAUUGUGGAAUUAAUUACACCUUUAUCUGUUGAAAAAGUGAAUUAUCGUCCAUAUAACUGAAGGAAUGGCUGAAACAGGCUCAGAUCAAUCUGGUGACAUGAAGCAUGACAUCGCUUCAUCCCCUGGGAUGUCGGAUUUAGAGAAAGAGGUUGCAACCAAUGCUUUCGAGGCGUUUAAGACUGGAAGCUAUGACGAGUCUCUGAAAUAUCUUGACAACCUUCAGGAGCUGAACAAAGAGGACUACAAGAUUACAAUGAACAAAGCGGUCACUGAGUUUUAUAAAAGUGGGCAGACAACAAGCAGCACCUUGAAGCAGACGCUGAUGACCUUGAAGAAUCAGAUGCAUACAGCUGUGGAAGAUAUUGAUGGUUUGGAUGAUGUCGAGAACAGCAUCCUGUACUACAAUCAAGCAGUGAUCCAUUACCACAUGCGUCAGUAUUCAGAAGCCAUAUGCAUUGGGGAGAAGCUCUACCAGUUUCUCGAGCCAUUUGAAGAAAAGUUUGCUCAGGCCGUUUGUUUCCUGCUGGUGGAUCUGUACCUCCUCACUUUCCAGCCUGAGAAGGCACUGCACCUGCUGGCCGUCCUGGAGAAGCUCACCGUGAAGGACGGGACCAGUAAAAAUGGCAAAGGAGAGAAUGCCAGCAGCACAAAUAAGGAAUCUGCUGCUCUGAAAGCAGAGUUCACAGCUAUGAUUGAGGCCGCUAAAUCAAAGAUGCACCAGUAUAAAGUGCGAGCCUAUAUCCAGAUGAAGUCCCUGAAGGCCUGCAAAAGGGAAAUCAAAUCUGUGAUGAACACAUCUGGAAAUUCUGCACCAUCGCUCUUCCUGAAGAGUAAUUUUGAGUAUUUGAGGGGAAAUUAUCGUAAAGCUGUGAAAUUACUCAACAGUUCAAAUAUUGCAGAGCACCCAGGACCACUGAAAACAGGUGAAUGUGUGAGGUGUAUGUUUUGGAAUAACCUGGGCUGUAUCCAUUUUGCCAUGGGGAAGCACAACCUUGGUCUGUUUUACUUUAAAAAAGCACUUCAAGAAAAUGACCACACAUGCGCCCAGAUUGGCGACGGCAGUAAUGCGCAGGCAUCUAAGAAGUUCAGUGGUAUCCCCAUGUGUGCUCUGUUAGCGAAUAAGCGCUAUGAGCUGCUGUAUAACUGCGGGAUUCAGCUACUCCAUAUUGGCCGACCGCUGGCAGCGUUUGAGUGUCUGAUGGAGGCUGUACAGGUGUAUCACUCCAACCCUCGACUCUGGCUAAGACUGGCAGAGUGCUGCAUCACAGCUAAUAAAGGGAGUUCGGAGCAGGAAACAAAAGGUUUACCCAGUAAAAAGGGCAUCGUGCAGGCGGUUGUUGGGCAGGGCUACCAUCGCAAGAUUGUUCUAGCAUCACAGUCCACACAAAACACCAUCUACAGCGAGGCGCAGUCGGCAGCUAUCCCAGUGGCCAGUAUGGAAUUUGCAGCAAUCUGUUUGCGGAAUGCUUUACUCCUGCUGCCAGAGCAUCAACAGCACGACAGCAAACCAGACAACGGCUCCAAGAGCUACAGUCAGUCAGGCGGCACAGAAAGCGGCAGCGAGACCAGCGACGCCUGCAGUGGGAAAACCCAGGAAGGGGACAAGUUCAUUCCUGCUGCCCCCUCAUCGCCCUUGAGAAAGCAGGAAGUGGAGAAUCUCAGGUGCUCCAUUCUAGCCUGCAGUGCGUAUGUGGCACUUGCUCUUGGGGACAACUUAAUGGCUCUUAACCACGCAGAAAAGCUCUUGCAUCAGGCAAAACUGUCAGGAUCGCUCAAGUUCCUGGGUCACCUAUAUGCUGCUGAAGCCCUGAUCUCGCUGGACAGGAUUUCUGAUGCUAUUGCACAUCUCAACCCGGAGAACGUUACUGACGUCUCGUUAGGGGUGUCAUCCAGCGAACAGGACCAAGGUUCUGAUAAAGGAGAUCUGGAGCCUGUGGAGUCCUCAGGGAAGCAGACGCCUCUAUGUUACCCCAGCUCUGUAAGCUCUGCCCGUGCCACAAUGCUCUUCAACCUGGGCAGUGCAUAUUGCUUGAGGAGUGAAUACGAGAAAGCCCGCAAGUGCCUUCAUCAGGCUGCUUCAAUGGUGAACACUAAAGAGAUUCCCCCAGAAGCUAUAUUACUGGGCGUCUACUUAGAGCUGCAGAACGGAAACACACAGCUAGCUCUACAGAUCAUCAAACGCAACCAGCUCCUCCCCUCCGUCAAGCCCGGCUCUUCUCCAGACUUCCGGAAGAAACCGCUUUCUUUCCAGUCGACUCAGCCUGUACAGCCCAUCCAGACCCCUUCGUCCUUCACACAAGUACAGCGCAAAUGAUUCCACUCACACUACAGCCCCAAAACACCAAGCGUAUCUUUUUAAAUUUUAUUUAUGAGGCUGCAGCAAAACAGAUGAGGGAUUGCAGGAAUUGGGUGGUGCUUUUGUCGCAGUCUGUUAGAAAUAUGUAUGCGUUUUGGGGUCUAUGAAAUUAUAAAUAAAUUUUUAUUUACACUUAUUAGUGGUCUGACAUUUAUGGGAUCAGUGUCAAAGAUGAAGUUACAGAAUAUACGAUUGAAAAUCUGCAUGGAUCUGCAAAAAGAUCACCUGGUUGUCACAAAUCAAUGGACCAAAGGUCACUGUUAAGAUCUAAUUAGCAUAAAUUCAUGGACCGCUUGUAGAAGCUUUUAAAAAGAUCUCCCUUGUAUGACUUUAUUCCUUCUCUACUGGUGCAUAAGAACUCAAAUAAACGUCCUGAUUUCUGAA